AUGCACCCCCUUCCCGCUCAGCUGGCGCAGUACGCGUCCCAGCACCAUGCUAGUCAUUACGCCCAAGCCAAAUUCGGUCCCAGAGGUUCUCCCGUAGCCUAUAUUCCACUCUCGGUUCAACAGCCCGCAGCAUACGCUGAGCUCGUCGCGCGCCAGGCCGCAUUCACCUAUACGCCAUGGCAUAUCGCCCCACCGGCACCGUCGCUACCCUCGCCGCCGCCCACACCACCUCCAUCUUCUUACGCCCCCGCACCGGUUCGAAUGACCCGUGCAUCUCCCAACCUCGCGGAUGAUGUCCUCAGCGCUAUCUCGACACCGCUGGAACCUGCACCUCCCCAACACGUUCCAUCGCAGAUGCUGGAAGUUCAGGUUCCGGCAGACCUCAAAACGAGCGCAACGCAUCCUUUGAACGUAUCGCCGCUCAUCCCGCCAGAGCUCAUCGUCACACUGUCCUUACAUCUCUCACCCGCGCCGGCUCAGACUCCGACCAUCUUCGCUGUUCACCCAGCCUUCGCACUCGACCGCCUUUCUGCGCCUCCACCGUCGCCGAAUACAGUCCACUUCGCUCUCGCUCAGCAGUCUCAGGUCCAAACGCAGGUUCAAUCGGCCAUGAUUACGCCCACUGAGGAGCCUGCGAGUCCAACGGCGGGAUGUGCACCUCGUCCAGCGUUGCAGCUGUGGACUCGUGCGGCUCUCGGCACAGCGCUCAAUAGCGCCUUGUCGACUUCGCUCCGCAAAUCUCCGUCCUCUCAGGUUCCCACGCUCCCUGCACCGUCAUCCCUGCUCUUCGGUACCACCGUUCCCGAAGAGACAGAAGAGCAAGUUGAGCGCACGGCUAUGGACGUCGACGUCGGCAUGGGUCUGGGUGCUCCUCGUGCGGAAGCAGAGCCACCCGCACCUCUACUUCCGCCUCUUGCGCUCCCCGACGUCGACCUUCUCGCCGCUGUACUCGGUGCGCGCGGUGGACGUGUGCACGGCCACGACCGUACACUUAGCGCGCCGGUCUUCAACGUGCAAUCGAUGUCCUUAAAAGCGCAGUGGGAUGUCGCGAUGUAUAAUCGUGCGAACCCCAUUCGUCCGAGGCCAAAGCCCGCGCUGCGUCUUCCGACACCCGCACCAGCGCCGCCGCCGGUGCCCGCGGCUCCACCCAUGUUAGGCAACCUCUUGCUUUCCUCAUGCCCUGGCAAGAAAGUUCGUUUGACAGGCCCAACUCGCGGCCGAGCUCCGGUCUCCCGUUGUCUUUCGGCUGACCUAGCUCGCGCUCGCGCCCUCGGUGCAACCCUCAUCAUCAACUGUCUCGAUGACACCGAACUCGCUUUUCUGGGUGCACCAUGGGACGAGUACUCUGCCGAAGCGUCCAAACUCGGUAUCAGUGUCCUGCGUAUACCCGUGCCAGAGGGUCUCGCGCCUAUUGCUGUAGGACACGGAGACUUGAGUGCCGACGAGGAGAAGGCCUUCCGAGCUUUCGAUCGGGAUUUAGAGAAGGUGCUUGAUGGGUGGACGUUGCGAGGCGCUGCUGUACUUGUACAUUGUCGCGGCGGCGUCGGACGCGCGGGGCUCAUCGCGUGUUGCUGGGCUAUCCGACUCGGCCUCUGUGGGCCACUGCCACCCCACAUCCCGACGUCCCCCUCGCACUCGCUCGUUCCACUCUCGCGCACGCCGAGUCCGAGUGGAAGAAUGAAAAAGACAUUACGGGUGGACAUGACAACUAUGAGGGUCGUUGAGCAGGCUAUCGGAGUCGUGAGGAGGCGGAGGAGCUUGAAAGCCGUGGAGACGGCCGAACAAGUUGCGUUCUUGGUUCGGUAUGUUGAGUUCUUGAGGAGGAGGGCGGGGGUGCCGGGAGAGGUCACAGGCCUCACCGUCCCGCUUUGA